AUGGAUGCCGCAGAAGCCUUUGAGAACCUUGCUAAUCUUGAACAAGAUUUCGGAAAGGCUGAAAUUGAAAUCUUAAGAAAGCAGAAUGAAUUGUUUAAGCCUCUUUUUGAGAAACGCCGCGAUAUUUUAAAGAACAUUCGCAACUUCUGGGUGGUCGUUCUUGAAGCUGCAGGAGAUGAAAUUAGCCAAUACAUUACUCCUGAAGAUAGCAUCCUUUUGGAGAAGUUGGAAAACAUCUAUGUUGAAAGAUAUGACAAGGAAGACCCUCGUAAUGUUCGCAUCACCUUGACUUUCCAAUCCAACGAUUAUUUGGAGGAUGAUAACCUUAGUUUGGUUAAGGAAGUCUGUGUGAAAGAAAGCACUACAAAAGACGAAGAGGGUUUGGAAAAAACUAACACUUCUCUCGUUUCGAAGCCUACAGACAUCAAGUGGAAGACUGGAAAGAGCCUAUUCCGCAAGAAUCAAGACAGCCCUCCCAACUUCUUUGACUAUUUCCGUUGGACUGGCGAAGAAGAAGAAGACGACUUUGAUGGUGCCUCUCUUACCAUCUUUUUGGCUGAAGACUUAUUCCCCAACGCUGUCAAGUACUUCACUGAAGCCAUGACUGAAGAGGCUAGCGAUGAAGAAGGCUCUGUAGAUUUGGAAGAAGAAGAUGAUGAUGAAGGAAAAGACGAGGCCGCAGAAGGAGAGAAUCAGGAACCACCCAGCAAAAAAUCCAAAAAUUAG